AUGGUUGUCCGAACACCUUCCCUCAACUCAUUGAGGAAGGGGUUCCUACCACAAAUUCAUCAACCCCUACCGCUGAAUAAGCGCGAGUCACAGCGACUCCUCGAAUCAAUUACAACUUCAUUCCGCAAGAACCUCGACAAAGAACACCCAUGGGAGACAAACGAGACGCCCACGAAACGCUUCGCCGGCCCGGGAACGGGUAUGGCUGAAUCGCAAUCUAUGACUAGCAACCGUCCAACCGAUCGACAUCUGCGUGCCAUUCUAUCCAAUCCUCUUUUCGCUCAGCCACGCAAUGCCACGGUUGACACGAUAACCACGACCACUGCUGCUCCUCUCAAUGCCCAUUUGAACGUCUUCCAUUCGGCCGUGUCGAAAGGUCUUAUGACUACGCGCCGUGCCGCCGGAAUCUUAGCAACGAUACGGUCACAACUACUAGCCGAGUCUCCCGAUAAUAUUCGCCAAAGGAUGCGUGCACUAGGAGCAGGGCUGUCUGUAUUACGGUGGCUCCGUGCUUCGGGGCAAGAGAAUGAUCUUCGAUUUUUGAGUGACUACGCUUUGCUCAAGCUUCUAGUACCAUUCCUGUAUGCCGAAGGCCUGCAAGAGGUUACAUGGAGCUGGCUAGCACAGCUAGCUUCCCGGGCUACCGAAAUAGAACUUGAAACAGUCCCGGGCAAAGCUAGUGCUCGAACUUUGUCUGUUUUGAUGUACGCCAUAAUCAACGAAAAUGCCGAAUUAGAGUCCCCGUCCUCGAUUAGCCUAGAUGGCUCUUAUGCGGCGCUAGAACAUGCUAACAGUCUUCUUCCGCGCGAGACAAGCCCAGCUGCCACCGCUGCUGUUAGAUAUUCGUGGGCCAAGCUGUCAUGGGCAUCAACGGUCGAUGCUGCAGAACACCCGAAACCAUCUGUGGCUCGUUUUGAGAAUUUUCUCGAUAUUGGCAGGCCCCUGAAGUUACCCCUCGAUCUUGCACAUCUAGAUCUUCAUCAUCCAACCACACCCACUUAUUCCGCUGCGGUUGAGUAUCUUCGCCUCCGGCAACAGAUCGUGGAAGAUAUAUCCAGCAUGAAACCAGGCCAUCAGCAACGAAUUCUUUGUCUGGUAUUGGACGCCGCUGAGCGACUCAAGCAAACAGGUCAAGCUGGCGAAGCGCCUUGGGUGGAGCGUCUGAAGAACGCCAUCUAUGAAAGACUAAAUCUUGGGUUCUUAAAUCCUCAGAUGGGAGGUUCUUUAGGCUCCCCCAUCCCAAUUCAUAAGGGACUUGGCACAGUUAUGAGAUGA